AUGAGAAGUCUGGACACAAUCGCACAGUUAGCUCAGCGCCGGCUGUCUAUGACGGAGGAACCUAUCGAUGAUAUAAUGAGUGGACAGUUAGUCAGACCAAUUGAUACAAUGCCUGAGUUGGGAACACUGGGAGCACUGGUAAUCAAAUCUGUGAAAGACUUAAUCAGUUAUUCAAAUGAAGGACAGUUAGCUAACCCAGAGUUAGAUAAUACUAAUGAUACAGUAGAUGGAGAGGUAGUUAUUCAGCGCAUCGAUACACCAGAGGAACGGGAUGUUAGCACAUCUAAUGAGUCCAUAGAAAACUCAAUCGAUGGACAGGUAGUCAAUCAAAUGGAUACUUAUGUGACGGAAGUUAUGAAGGAAAUGGUAGUCAAACCCAUAUCAGAGGCUAUUAUCGAUUCAUUUAAGGAACGGGAUGUCAGUCCACAGAAUGAGUUCACAGUAGACACUGUGGACGGACUUGUAGUCCAAUCACCGGAACAACCUAUAAUGGAAACACUCGUGGAAAGGGAUGUCAAACCUCUUGAAAGCCUAAUAGUCUACACAUCCGAUGGACAGGUAGUCAUUCCGCGGCAAAAGUCAGUUGUAGACGAGACUGACGGACAGGUAGUUAGCCGUCAAGAAGAUCCAAAACGUGUAGCACUGGUGGGCACACAUUGGGUGGGAGUGGAGCCCCCGGAGGGACAGGAGGCUGAGGCACAGGUCGAGGCUUUGAUACAUAAUCUGUUGGAAACUCUGGAGCCAUUGACAGACAUCGAGCCAUACAUCCGACCCAAUCAUCUGUUGGAUGCCUUCCGAUUGGAUGACAAGUGUUUGGGCGCCGGCCUAUCGGGACCUGUAGUGCGGGGUAUAGACGGUAGGGAUGGCCGGGAAUACGCGAUUAAAAUGCAUUUCAUUGUCGGUAAAGAGGACACGUGGGACGGCCUACUCGGGGAAUUCCAUCGCCGGCACCGGGAGCUCACGCUAUGGCGACAGCUCACCCACACCGACGGGUGCCUCCAAUACUAUGACUCGUGGGUG